CGUCGUCUUCCCCUACGCUCUUCGCAAUUUGAAAUUUUGAAUAUUAGGGCUCGCCCAGUUUCAGUUUCUUCCGCUCGAAGUCUCUCCCUCCGCCAUCUCUCGCAGCGCCAGCGCUUCCGCAAUCAAGCAUUGAAGGAUGGCGACCAGAUCAGCAAACAUGAAAGGUUUCUUCAAACAGAAGAAGAACACAAAAGCCACUUCCACUAAGAAGGGCUCUUCCAAAAGAUCACCAACUAAUGCAUCAACUAUUGGUUCUAAUGUGACCCAACCGCCUGCCCUCAUAUCCCAUGGCUCCCUUAACCUGAAAGAUGAUCACAAUCAAGUAGAGGAAGUGCUGAGGCAGUUUGACAUGAACAUGGCUUACGGACCAUGCCUUGGAAUGACUCGACUUUCUCGCUGGGAGCGUGCUCAGAAACUCGGUUUGAACCCUCCGAAAGAAGUCGAGGUCCUCUUAAAAGGUGGAAGAGUAAGUUCUGAGUGCCUGUGGGAUGGGCGCGUCUAGAACUAUAAAUUUUUGGGAUCUACUGCUUUCUGUUUGUGAUAUAUUGUGAACUCUCAAAUAGUACCUCCAGUCGGCAUCCCCAGUUGUCAGGCGCCCAGCUGUGCCCUUCUGUCUCGACACAAACAACGGCCAGUUGAUUUAUGUGUAAAGGAUCUGUUUCUCUGAUUAGUUUUUUAUGCCAGUUAACUGAAUUCUCAUUCUUGGAGGCAUGUUACACUGGGUUGGCUUUGGUGAAAUCGAUUUGGGUGAACAUUAGUACA